AUGUUACAGACGCCCUCCUUCUGCAUCUCCACAAGCGAGGGAGAGGCUAGUGCCCCUGUCGGCUGGGAAAAGCUGGCCUCAGAGCAGAUACGCCAUAUAAUUCGAUUGAUACAGUGUCCCAUCUGUUCCUUACCUCUGGACGCUCCCGUCAUCCUCCCCUGCGGCCAGAGUAUAUGCCGUAAAUGUCUGCCCCAGACACAUCGGCGGUCCAACAUCACGUAUCCUCUCGAAGAGAAGCGGCGACGGGAAGGCAUCUUCUGCCCCUUACCCGGAUGCGGCAGGGAUCACGCUGCGGACGACUGCAGCUCUCACAUCACGCUCCGCAAAGUCCUCGAUGCCGCCAGGUCCGCGCUUGAAACGAGUCGCGACUCCACCCCGGACCCGGAUCUGGACCUAGACACCACUGUCAUCGUCGACGAUGAACCGCUGAGCGAAGAUUUCCUGUUUACCGAGCUAAUGCCGCUGGAUGGGUCCCGGAUGAUGCGGGGCCCGAUGCAGGGCCCACGUCUCAUCGCAACCUGGAUCGUGGCUGAGAGCGGUGAGCUUCGGUACAAUGCCAACGCCACGUACAACUAUACACCGACAGAGGCAUACAAAGCCCUCGAAAGCGAUGUCGUUUCUGCGGUCAGAGAGGCAGUGGAGAGGCAGGUUGACUGCCAAAUUUGCUACCGCAUGCUGUAUGAGCCCGUCACAGCUCCGUGUGGUCAUACGUUUUGCCGGUCAUGCUUGCAGAGCGCUUUGAAUAGCGCGAGGCACUGUCCGAUAUGUCGCCACGCCCUGUCGAUAGAUCCCCAGGUAUACCCAGACUCAUCUCCACCCUGCCAGCCAUUGACGGAUAUCAUCUCCUACUUCUGGGCAGAUACUCUAGAGGAACGCAGGCGAGAGGCCACCAAACAGGAGCCUGAUGGACAUGAUGUUCCCAUCUUCAUAUGUACGCUCUCGUUUCCCGGCGUGCCUACGUUCUUGCACGUCUUUGAGGCGAAAUACCGCCUCCUGAUUCAGCGUGCUCUCGAGGGGGAUCGAACUUUUGGCAUGGUCCUCUAUAGUGAACACGGCAACCCCCGUGAAUUCGGGACCAUGCUCCGCAUAGAGAGCAUUGAAUUCUUCCCCGACGGCCGCAGCGUGCUGGAAGCGGUUGGUAUAUCACGAUUUCGGAUACUCGAGCACGGCACUUUGGAUGGGUAUAUCGUGGCGAAAACCCAAGCUAUCAACGAUAUGAGCGUCGCCGAAGAGGAGGAUAAGGAGAUUGAGGAAACGAGGCUUUGGUACGGCGCUAGGGGCAGUUCGAUGGCUUCGCAGGCCGAAGGUUUCCAACCGACCGCCGCCGCCCUUAUUAGCGGUCAUGUGCCGACCAUGGAUCUGAUGGCAUUCUGCGUCAAUUUUGUUCGGCAGAAGAAGGAAAACAGCGUAGGCUGGCUCAAGACUCGCAUAGUCACUAUUUAUGGUGAAUGCCCGGAAAACGACCCAGAUCAUUUCCCGUGGUGGUUCGCGAGCAUCCUGCCCAUCAAGGAUAGCCACAAGUAUCGACUAUUGGAGACGAGGAGUGUGCGUGAGCGCAUAAAAAUCUGCUGCCAGUGGAUUAUUAUGCUGGAGGAGAGCAUGUGGUGA